AUGGCAAACGUACAUACGCUGAAUGAGUUAAAUAAUGGAGCACCCUUAGUAUCUGGCAAUAAACUUGGAGAUUCGCCAUUUAAUCGAUAUCCAUCUAGCCGAACUGAGCUUGAGAACCAAGUAUUCAGCUUGGCACUAGAACAGUCUCUUGAUAAAAAACAAGGAGAGUUUUUCAGAGCGUGUAUGCCAGAGCGAGAUUGCUACAAAAUUGGAAGAGAUACAAGCUCUCCAAUCGGAAAUAAAAGAGUUGGAAAUGAAGUAUUUUUAGCCCAGAAAGACUUAUCAGAAAUGGAUUCCCUUAGACGAGAGUUGGCGCAGUCAAGGCAAAACGUUGAGCUAAAGAAUGUUGACUUAGAUCUGAAGGAAGAUAAAUUAAAUGAUAAAAAGGGUGAAUUAAUACGGUUGAGGGAUGAAUUGACCUCAACACGAAUAGAAUUGAUGGAUACAAAAGAAGAAUUAAUGCAGAUGAGAGAUAAUUUGUCCUCAGUACAAAAGACAUUAUCAGAAAAAGAAAUCCUCCUUCAAGAGACUAAUACUCGUUUAGCCGUGCAGAUCCAAAAAACAUCUAGUGAGUCUGAAGUGCUUGGAGGUGUUAAAGGACUGGAGAACGAAAUCAAGGUUAUGCAUUCCCAAUUCGAUACGCAAAAGAACCAAAAGACAGGACUACCUCCUAUGAAACUUCGUCUUUUGGAUAUGGAUGAAGUCACAAAGCAUGAAUCAUUCCUAAUUCAGCUAUCUUUCAAAGGUUUGUCCCAUCUAAAUCUAAUUGAUAAGGGGUCAUCAGAUGGUCUUCGGAUAUCAAUAACUACAAAGUGUUUUUUAUUACCUCAUAAAUUUUUUUGCUAG